AUGGUGAUGGGCUUUUGCGGAAUUGCUGAGUUUUUGUGGUUUUCUGUGUACACGGUGGUGAUCAGUCGUAUUUGUUAUCAGAAGGUUUUGGUCAAUAUUUGUGGAUAUUGGUGCGGAAAUUCCAGUUUCAGGUAUUCGUGCCGGUUCGUUGUUGCGACAGGUUAUUUCGAAAUGGUUGUUUUCAGCGUUCGAUUGGCGAAUGUUGAUGGAUGUGGUUUUCCAUUUGGUGGUUUGUAG